GGCGCGAGCAGCUGCGAGUCACCUCCAACCUGCAGCCUCGACCGCCCUCAACGUACGGGUUUGGUUAUUCUAUACUUAAGACUGGAGUAGUUCGUGCAGCGAUUUUCUUCAGUAUUUUUGGGAUAACCAUCUCGUAGGAAUUUCCUCAUUUUAAGUUUAUCAGUACCAUCGAACGAUGGACCCGGGCCCUGGAAUCGCCGCGCUCCAGGCGUGGGGCGGGCAGGUGGCCGCCUACGGCGCUGCCAACCAGACGGUCGUCGACAAGGUGCUGCCUGAAAUGCUGCACAUGGUCGACCCACACUGGUACCAAUUCCCUCCUAUGAAUCCGCUAUGGCACGGUCUACUGGGCUUCACUAUUGGUGUACUCGGCUUUGUUUCAAUCGCGGGCAACGGAAUGGUCAUUUACAUCUUCACGUGCACUAAAUCUCUUAAAACCCCAUCGAAUUUACUCGUAGUGAACUUGGCAUUCUCGGAUUUCCUCAUGAUGUGCUGCAUGUCUCCGGCUAUGGUAGUCAAUUGCUAUAAUGAAACGUGGGUUUGGGGACCUCUGGCAUGUGAACUGUACGCUUGUGCGGGAUCUCUAUUCGGCUGCGCUUCUAUUUGGACCAUGACCAUGAUUGCUUUUGACCGAUACAAUGUCAUCGUAAAGGGCAUUGCCGCCAAGCCAAUGACUAACAACGGAGCUCUGCUGCGAAUACUUGGCAUCUGGGCUUUCUCUCUUGCGUGGACACUUGCGCCUUUCUUCGGCUGGAACAGGUACGUGCCUGAGGGCAACAUGACUGCUUGCGGAACAGACUACUUGAACAAGGACUGGUUGAGCCGCAGCUACAUCCUCGUCUACUCGGUGUUCGUGUACUUCAUGCCUCUGCUGCUUAUCAUAUACUCUUACUUCUUCAUCGUCCAGGCCGUUGCUGCACACGAAAAAUCUAUGAGGGAGCAGGCCAAGAAGAUGAACGUCGCUUCGCUCAGGUCAUCUGAAAACGCCAACACCAGUGCCGAGUGCAAACUGGCAAAGGUCGCUCUGAUGACCAUCUCCCUGUGGUUCAUGGCGUGGACCCCUUACCUGGUGAUCAACUAUGCCGGAGUGUUCGAGAACGCUAACAUCAGCCCGCUGGCCACCAUCUGGGGUUCUCUCUUUGCCAAGGCUAAUGCUGUCUACAAUCCUAUUGUUUACGGCAUCAGCCACCCGAAAUACCGCGCCGAGCUGUACAAGAAGUUCCCGACGCUGGCUUGCCAGGCCUCGCCCGUGGAUAACGGCUCCGUUGCGUCGGGCGCCACCGCCGUCUCGGAGAAGCCCUCGGCCUGAGCGCCGAGCGCCCUCCGCCCGCCGACACUGACGCCACACCGCACGCGCCCCAUUGGACACACGAUAUGCCUAAGCGAUGUUAUUGUUUAUUUUUAUACGAAAAUAUUUACAUUUGUACAAAGUUAUAAACUUGAGCAUACAGCGUGUGCUGGUUGCAAAAUAUUCAGGGCAGUUCUGAAUCAAAUUGUAUUUUUUGUACAAUCGUCUCCUGCAUAUUUUGAGUUCACGCUUUGUGUUUCUUGUUGAACGUUGCACACUUUUAUUAUA